AAAAGGAAAAAAAAAAAGAAUUCAAUCAUAAUGUUUUCGAAUUUUUUCGAAAGCCUAUACGAGGGCAUCGGAGACGGAGACGAUGACGCCGACGAUGAGGAGAACAAGAGCAACCGGGAAUCUUCAACGGAAAUACACGAUUCUCAGAUAAACACCGAUCGUUUGUCUUCGAUUUCACUGGAAGAGGAGGCUCAAGCGCGUGGGGUGAAAGAUGACCUGACGGAACUCGGUCAUACCCUGACACGCCAAUUUCGGGGCGUGGCUAGCUUUCUCGCUCCGUUACCAGAUGGAUCUUCCUCCGAUCUGUCAAAUAUUAGAUUGAACCAAUCUCGGUUUUCAGAUCCCGGAUUGGAUCAAUCGCUGUCUUCGGAUCCCAGACUGAAUCAAUCGCGUUCUUCAGAUCGGUCUGAAUCGUGUGUCGGAAGUGGUACGCCGGAGAACGGAGAUAGAAUUAGGAGCUGGAAUUCGGAGACCAUGGCGUCGGUAGAAAAAGGGGUGGAAGAUGUGUGCAAUGACCCGGAGGAGGUAGAAGAAGGAGAAGAAGAGGAAACGGAUAAUGAAGAAGAAGAUGCGGUUGCUCUUACGGACGAAGUGCUCGCAUUUGCGAGGAAUAUAGCUAUGCAUCCAGAAACUUGGUUGGAUUUUCCUCUCGAUCCCGACGAAGAUCUUGAUGAUUUGGAAAUGUCUGAUGCUCAAAGAGGCCAUGCUUUAGCUAUAGAACGUCUUGCUCCGAGGUUAGCUGCACUGAGAAUAGAGCUUUGUCCAUGCCAUAUGAGUGUUGGUUACUUCUGGAAAGUCUAUUUUGUUCUUCUCCAUUCGAGGCUCAAUAAACACGAUGCUCUUCUUUUGUCUUCCCCACAGGUGAUGGAAGCAAGAGCGUUGUGGAUGAAAGAGCUUCAGAAUCAAACCCAUUCCUCGAAAGAAGGUAGAGAUAUUCUUGAUGAGGACAUUACUCCAUCAACUUCAAACUACUACCACCAUGCUCCUCCUGAGUUUCUAUCUCCACGAAUAUAUGCCUUUGAACCACCUUCAAUUAUGUAUCACGAUUUCGAAACGGUAAAUCGCGUUUCUGAUAACGCCCAGUUCAUCGAUAAAGCUGUUAUUGAAGAAAAACCGAUUCAGAAGAGUGACAAGAAGAGUGCAAGCCUAAGUCAAACACCCAAAGAUGAUGAGGAUGAUGAUGAUUGGCCAGAAGAGGAAGUUUCUUCUAAUACUUGGGCUCCAAUGUACACAGUCAACGAGGAUGAUGUUUCUUUCAGUGAUCUCGAAGGUGACGACGAUAUAAGUAGCUUAGCACUCAAGUCUAAGAUUACCACAAAAGGCACCGACGAAAAAGGAACAUGAAACAUCAUUUAUGGUCACAAUUAAGCUGGCUUGUUGCUUUGCCUUACCUCGAGAUCGAAUCAAUGGAACUGAACAUAAGGAUUUGUGCCGAGUCAAAGUGUGAAGUCUGAGUUUUGGGUGAGUUUGAUUGUUUGUCAAAGACAAAGGUUUUGAAACAUGUACAGAAGAUUUCUUUGAUCAUUUCAAUUGCCAUUGUAUUUGUUCUCUCUUCCCUCGCCGAUGUAAUGAAAAAUUGGAUAAAAAUUAGGUGAAAAGUGUUUGGUAAAUGAUAAUACUUAUUUACAUCCCAAAA